UUUCUGCACUUGGAAAAUAUGUGAGACCUUGUAGUGCAAAGAAUAGAUAAGGUUGCAAAUUCAGGACUUAAAGCUGUUAAAUCUAUUAUGUGACUUAAUUUAAAGUUUUGAGUUCAUAAUCUGCACUGGAAAAAAAGUAUUUUCCAUUAAGGAAAUACUCUUCUGAAUUCAUUUCCACAAAUUAUACAAGCUGCACUAUUGUUGGUAUUUUUUGUUUCCCAAACUUCAGCCUAAUUUUUCUUUAAUUGUUUUAUUUACUUCUUAUUUUUCAGGAGUCUUUGAAAAAUCCUUAGUGGUCAUGACAUUGUUACAAGUGACAUAAGUUAGCCAGUGGCUCAGAAUGAUGGAUACCCAGAAGACUACAAAUGAACUGUAAUCCUGUGGAAACAACUGCACAUGAGUAUUGUCCAGUCUGCAAAGAGAAGGGUCAGAUCCAAGCUUUAAGGACUUACCGCAUUAAUUUUCAAGAGUCCAUUUUUCUUUGUGAAAAUCCUCAGUGUAUCUACCCACUUGGUUAUAAACCAUUAGACAGCAUAAUUACUUCUGCUGGUUCAGAAAAUCAUCAAGCUCCAUCUACUCAUAAGAAAAGAAAAUUGUGUGAUACCAGUGACUUUUCUCCUGUUGAAUCAGAUCCAAAAAAAGCGAGAACUAAUCAUCUGGUAAAUGCUGAGCACGCUAUUAAUACAGACCCUAUUGUGAAAUGCUAUCAGAAUAGCUUCUGUAUUCCUAAGUCAAACCUACAUGAUGUAUUACAAAAUGACCAGCAGAAACCUGGUAACAAUGUGGAGUCUUGCAUGCAAAAGGUGGAUUUUGAAACAACCACCAAGACCGACAACUACCAAGAAAGUCCACCUAAGUCUUCUAGUCCCAGAAUACAAUCCUUGCCAAAUUCUGAACUUUUAUCAACAACAACUGAAAUUUCGCUGAAAGAGGAUAAAGGUUCCACUAAUAACACAGAUUUGUGUCUUCAGUGGAGAAACAUACAUAAUCUUUGUUGGUUAGAUUGCAUUUUGUCAGCACUGGUACACCUAGAAACAUUAAAACUUGCCCUGGCAGAAGAAUGUAACAAUGGAAAAUGUUUACUCCAGAAACUUCUAACAAAAUAUAGUCAAGCAACUAUGCUGCUGAAUACCUGUAAAAGGAGUAAAGUAAAAGAUGUUCUUCCAAAAGCAGAAUCUCAUCUCAAUGAAGUCAGAAACUUAAUGUUUACACAACUUCAGCCUCGGCUUAGGUGUGAAUUGGGUAAUAUGGAGAAUCCAGUGUUUGCACUCCAUCUACUCUUACAGUUGGACCAACAAGCCGAGAAACUAUUCUUGCAUUCAUUUUCAUGGAAGUUUGAAUGUGUAUAUUGUGGCUACAAAUACCAGAACCGAUUUAAGAAAACACUAACAACAUUUGCAAAUAUAAUCCCUGAUUGGCAUCCACUUAACGCUGUUCAUAUUGGACCAUGUAAUAACUGUGGUGAUAGAUCUCAAAGACGACAGAUGGUUUUGGAAAAAGUACCUUCAAUAUUAAUGUUACAUUUCGUGGAAGGCUUGCCACACAACAACUUGAAGAAGUAUUCAUUUCAAUUUGAGGAAGACACUUACCAAAUAACAUCAAUUGUUCAGUAUCAGACAGAUAAGAAGCACUUCAUAGCCUGGUCUUUGAAUCCUGAUGGAACUUGGCUUGAAUGUGAUGAUUUAAAGGGGCCAUAUUGCAAGAGACAUAAAAGAUUUGAAGUUCCUUCUUCAGAGAUUCAUAUUGUUAUCUGGGAAAAGAAACCAUCCCAUGUGCCAGAAGAACUGAAUUCACAGUUCCAGAGUAAAAAUAUUGAAGAUUUUCCUCUUAAUAACAUACAGUCAAAUUCCAUGGUGCUGCACUGUGGUUUUGAUAACACUGUAGGCAAAACACCUGCAGAACAGCACAAAGAGGAUUCUGUGAGAACUCCAGAGAAGAAACAGCAGCGAGUAGCUGAGGGUGAAAGUAUUGUUCAUCAUGGUUUAGAAAAUCUGGCACACGAUGAUCUCGUAACACUGAUGCUUGAAGAAGUUCAAAUUGACUCGGAAGGUAAAUCGCUGCCAAAUGGACAGAUGGUGGGAAAUAACCUUAUUGUUGAAAUGGGCACACUGCAACAGCAGGAACCAGCUUUUUCACUUAACACUCCAUAUACAGGAGAGCUUGCUGGAACUGGUCUAGCUAUGAAUAACAAAUGCAUAUUAUAUGAAAAUUCCAACAUUUGCUUACCUCUAGAAGAGUUGAACCCAGCAAAUAUUACUCCUCCGGUUCUCAAAAAACAUGACCCUGACUCAUCUGACUCAUCACUUGCUCAAAGAACAGAUGACAGAACUAAUUUAGCUAACAGAGAACAUGGAUUAAAUUCAGAACUACAGCUGAACAAGAAAUUGUCAGCAGUAGAGAAUACUAUACGAAAAUCACCUGACUUGAGAUAUGCAAGCAAAACUGUCAUUAAUUCUCAAGUUGACAGUUCUGCUGCGAGUAAUUCUGUUCAGCCUUCACACAAAGACCAAAAAAGAGGAUUUGUCGGAAGCUGGGUAAAGAAAUUAUUAAGCAAGAAUACUUCCUUUAUGCCUUCAAGUGCCUCAGUUCUCAAGAAUGAGAGAAGUUGCAAAACUCCCUCAAUGCAAAAAGUGAGUGAAGUGAGGCUGCCAGUUAAGGGCGCAAGUAACUUUGGUGGAUUUCAAAGCAGAGGUACAAACAAAACUGAGACCCCAAAGUCACUGGCUCCUCAGAGUAAUAAUAGUCAUCCUUUAUCAAAUUACAAAGGAUUUUCUCAAAGCAGUCGUCUUCCAACAGCAAGGCAUACCACUAUUGCAGGUCCAACUUGGAAUAAGUCAGGAAGUACACUGGGUACCUCAGGUAAAGUGACUCAGUGCCAUUCACUUGGCUGUAACCCUGGGAAGGCAGAAGAGUCAGAUAGUGACAAAACAAAAAAACUUCGCCUGAAACUGUUAAAAAAACUGAAUGCUAAAAAGAAGAAGUUGGCUUCACUGGAUAGACUAGCAGUGGAACAAAUGAAACAGGAAAAUCCUGUGAGUGGAUACAUAAGCACCCCAUCACAGAUUGAAUCUCAAAAUGACAGUGAAGUAUUGCAGAACUUUUUAAGGGAACUGCAGUAUCAGAUUGAUGUCACAAAUAAUGAGUCUGAAUUUAAUGCAAACUCUGUGUCAGGGUGCACUACCCAUAGUAACACUGAUGAAAUACUGGCAGAGUUACUGUCCCCUACUUCAACUGUUGCUUCCUUAGAGGCUCCAAAAAGUGAAGAUGAAUGUAUGUAUAUGGAGAUGGUGGAUAGUAGUGUUGCAACAACAGGGUCUGAUGAGAAGACCGGUGUGCCACAUGCAGCAGUGACAAGUGAGGACCACAAUUACUACAGUCCUGUAAAGGACACUAAUUUGGAACUUGAUGCAAUAAACAAACCCAGUGGGAAAAAACUUGCUUUUGAAAGUCCUACAAGUGAAGAUAUACUUGAAGACCUGUUCUCCAUUUCAGCACCAAGCUCAAUGGCAGGUGACAUAGAUUUACCUCAUUUUGAUGAAACCCUGUUUGAAACUUGGUAAAUAUUCGUUUUCUUGGUUUUAAGUGUUUUUUUCAGUAUUAUGUAUAUUUUGAAACAAAGCACUACUAAGUUAUAUUUUCUAACUAGUUUAAUUGCACACUGGCUGUACUUGAACAAUUUACAUUUGAGGUAUUUUUUUUCUUAAAAUUUUAUUGUAACAAGCAAAUCAGGUUUUAAUGAAUUUUAUUGUUCUGAGAAGCAGUUAUUUUAGUUGUCAGAUUUGAUGCUUUUUAAUUAGAAGCUCUUAUGAGUCUUAAUUUUUGCUUGUUUUAAUAUGGAAAACAUCCAUACUCUAGUGAGUUUGAAAAAUAAUAAACUUCAGUAGUCUUAAUGAUGCAAUGGUGUAAGAAAUAUUAUUUAUGUAGUAGUCAUUUAUUUUACAGGAUCACUUCUGAAGUUAUUUUGUCUGACAUUAAAAAAAAAUUUAAGUACCUUCUGUAGUCAGGGAAUUCUGCAUCCUUUGAUAUGAAGAUUGUUUGUAACAUUCUAAACUUGAAGCUGGCAUUCUCUUAGGCUGGCAUUCAGCUCUUUACAGAAUUACUGUUCUACAAGCUCAUGCUGGUGUAUAUACGCCUUGGAUCCAAGGAGGGAUGGAUACAUGGUAGAAAUUUUCCUAUUUAAAGUUACAGCACGUACUGAGAUUUCAUCCUGCAAAUGUAAUUUGGCAGAAUAUGCUUCUGAGCCAGGUUACUUUUUUAAGUAAAAUUAGUAACAUUCAGUCCAGAGUGCAUCACUAAGAAGGAAUGUCAGAUGUACCUUUUAGUUGUUCGUAGCUGCAAAAUCAUUAAUAAAACAAAGGUUUUUAAGAAUUAAUUUAACUGCAAGUUAAUGCCUAUAACUGUUGUAACUAGGACUUGGUCACGACUAGAGCAGUGCACUCUUGUCCGUAUGUGAGAGUGCCAAGGAGAGGCAAGGUCAGUAGGAAGAAAGAAAUGGGAAAAUGUAGCAAGACAGCAGUGAGUAAGCAGAGGGAUUCACACCUUGGUGUUUCAGAUUUCGUAUAGAUUUGGUUUUGCUAGAUGGGAGUAUUUUAAAUGCAUAGACACAGCUGAGGGUAUUAUAUGCCAAGUUAGAGUAGCUGUACAUUUUUCUUGUUCUCAGAAAUAACUAAGAUUUUAUCAGCAAGUCUUUGUCACAGCCAUUUUUAGAGGUGUUCUGCAUUUUUUCAUUCUUUUAGAUUCCAAGUUCAAAACAUUAAGUCCUCAGUCUUACUAUUCCAAUAGGUGCAGUUGAACAUAAUUGUUAUUACAAGGCAUGGCUGCAGAUUUUAGUAGUCUUAGAUUGUUUGAACUAGGUUCAAAAACUGUUUGAAAAAUUGUCAGUGGCCCGCAACUCUCCAUGUCAAGUUAUUUCUGCUGCAAUUGUGUACAUUUUCAUCAAACUGGUACUUCAGGCAGUGAAUGGUUUUAUUCUUGAAAUACAAGUCUUUGUGAAGAACUUGAGCUUCUUCUUUGUUUUAAAUACUGUAAUUGGUAAUGUUACAAUAGAAAACAAAUCAGUGGAUUCUGAAUGUUAAGUGCCGGUGCACUGCUGGUGAAAUGUUUGCCUGUUUGUGAAUUUCCUGAUCAAAAAAAAGCUGACCAAAAUUAGAGUUUGAUUUAUCCAUUAAUAAAAAAAUACGUGCCUCUGCAAGACUUGA